CUGCGGGGGGUUUUGGUGCUCUGCCGCGAUACGAUGUUGAAGCCAUGAGGGCGCCAUGCCGCUCGACCACGCAGCCUGCUUCGACCUGCUCUGCAGCGAGAACGCCGACGAUCUCGCCAACGACCACGGAGGCGAGGACGCUGCGUGUGCCGCCGCUCUGUUCCCGGAUGAAUCGGAGGAGUCCAUCGCCGGGUUCAUCGAGGUCGCCGCUGACUACUCCCCCGUCUGUGGCUACCCAGACCGCUUCCGCUCCAACUCCCUCGACUCCUCCGCACGCCAAGAAGCCGUCGCCUGGAUCCUCAAGGUGCACGCGUACUACCAUUUCCGUCCCCUGACGGCGUAUCUUGCCGUGAACUACAUGGAUCGGUUCCUCUCUUCUCACCGUCUGCCGCAAAAUGAAUGGGCAUUGCAACUUCUCUCAGUGGCAUGCCUCUCUCUAGCUACAAAGAUGGAGGAGGCACUUCUUCCAUCCUUGUUAGACUUGCAGGUUGAGGGUGCAAAGCUCAUUUUUGAGCCUCGGACAGUUCUCAGAAUGGAGCUUCUUGUGCUGGCUGCAUUGGAUUGGAGGCUCCGAUCUGUGACACCUUUCACUUUCAUUGAUUUCUUUGUUCACAAGAUUGAUCCGAUAGGAAAACAUGCACGAUAUUUGAUUGCUUGGGCCACCGAAAUUACACUUGCAACAAUUAAAGAUAUAAGGUUCCUGAGUCACUGCCCAUCAUCACUUGCUGCAGCGGCCAUAAUCCGAGCAACUGAUGAGAUCAAAGAUCUGGAUUCCAUUAACCCUGUAACUGCAGCAUCUUGGUGCAUUGGAUUGUCAGAGGAAGGCAUUGCCAACUGCUAUCAAUCGCUGGAGAAAGAUAUCAUCAAUAAUUCAAAAACACCACAUAUGGUUGCGGGUGUGACUGAAAUCAAUGUCUGCAUUGAUUGUUAAAUGAAGGACAUCAGCUUGGUGGGUCUUUUUACAGUCAUGGUAAAAAGGGAGAUGCUACCCACUGACUUCUGGCAACUAGUUCAUGGGAAAGCAAGAUCACAAACUGUCAAUCGUUAGUCGGCUGCCCAGUAUUCUCCUUGGACUUACAAAGCAUCUUUGGAGUAUUCUAUUGAAGGUUGUGCUUCUUUUUUAUUUGUUUACAGUGUGAUUGUUCAUGUCAACCUGGAGAAAGAUGUCUAUUCAUCAUACUUCAGGCUACAGCCUAUGGUUAAGUCUGCUAAUCUUCUUUGUACAAAGACCAUUGGAGACCUGAAUGUUGUGUUGUUUAAAAUCAAUAAAAAGAAGUUACAUCUCUAUUGGACAUGAUAGUUUGGAUCUCUCUAAGUUUCUGUGUACUGUUCAUUGAGCACAAACUCUUUUCUUUUGCCUUUUAGUGAAGAAUCUAUAUGUAAGAGCUGAUUGGAGAAAGGUUUGGUGUGAUACAAGUGGCAGAUGCACUCAUCAGAUGUAGACAUCCACUUGAUGCAGCUGGCGAAGUUGGUUGGCAACUUUCUGUCAUGGACACAAAUUUUAAGACAAAAGGAAAAGGGAUUCCAAACAAUGUCUUUAUCAGUGUGUUCAAUCUCGAGUCAUGGACAGUUUCCGGUAUGAACAGUGACACUACUGUCACUACUCUUUCUUCCAUUUCAGGGACAUGACAAUAGUUUCCAGGAUUGGUCGAGUUGGACGAUUGAUAUCAGCAGCUUCUGUUGCACAUGAAAUGUGUCUGCUGUAGCAAAUAUACAGAUUCUGUUCACUCAGCCCAUCUGAUUUGUUUAACUCGUAUCUUGCUCAAUUCACUUAGUUUAUUCAGUUUACUCAGCCUAUAGAAGUAAACUAGCUUAUGGGUCAGGUGCCAAACCAAGAGCUAGACGUUGCUUCAAGGCAGGCUGCAGCUUUUCUCCCUUUGCAAUGGCUCUGCUUCCUGCUGCCUUUGGAGUUUCGCCUUGAUGUGGGUUCGACAAUACCCAUUGUAGAACGACAACACUGGAAGCAGACAUGGACCAUGGUGUCAACACAUAGAGCUACAAUACAACCAAUCAAUACAGCUCAAUCCAUUCCCUUUGCUCAACAAGAACCAAAAGCAAGACAGUAAUUCAUGUUUCAGUGUUUCCAAACCUGGAUCAAAACUGGUCCAGUUCUAAGGUGCUUCUGUUGGAAAAUUUUGAAUGAAAAAAAGAUGAAUAGAAGAGUCUCCAUU